CAUUCUAUCUUCUUCACCGUUUUCUCUCUCGAACGGCUUCCACACUAUUCAUCAAAUUUCUGCUGAAUCUGCAAUUUCACAUGUUAUCACAUGGUAAUUUCACCGGUCUUUGUUGAUUUCUUAUUCGAUCAUCAAUACUACUAAAACCCUAAACACAAUGGUGCUGACUGAUGAUUUUGUGUCGCUGAAUCCAAUUGAGGAUCCUUCAUCGCCCUACUACCUUCAUCCGAGUGACCACGUUGGUCUUCGCAUCAUCUACGAAACGUUCACAUGAAACAACUCUGGUGCUUGGAAGAAACAUGUCACUUUGGCCAUGACGGUGAAGAAUAAAAUGGAUUUCCUCGACGGAUCAAUUGAACAACCGAGUACAAAUAACUCUCUGUACUCUACCUGGUAUCAUAUCAAUGCUUUGCUCCUAUCUUGGUUGAUUUACUCAAUUUCUUCUACUCUUCGCACUACUUUCUUGUAUUUUACCAAUGCUAAGGAACUUUGGGAUGAGAUUCAACUUAGGUAGGUUAAAAGUGAUGGUCCUAGACUUUUUAAACUCGAAAAAAACCCUAAAAAAUCUUUCUCAAGGCUCUCAAAACCUAACUGAUUACUACAAUAAUUUCAAAGAACUUUGGGAUGAAUAGUGUAAUUUCAGAGUUAUUCCUUCUUGCACAUGUGGUAAUUGCACUUGCAAUAUCUCUGAAACUUAUUAAAAACUUCUACAGAAAGAGUCUGUUCUCAAGUUUGUUGUUAGUUUGAAUGAGUCUUAUGCUAAUUUGCCAAGUCAAAUACUUUUUAAUACUUCUACUGCUACUCUAUCCAAUAUUUACUCUAUUCUUUUGCAAGAAGAAUCACAAAGAUCUCUUUAGUAUACUUUUCUUCCAAUACUUCUUUUUCAAAGCCUUCUACUUCUGAAAAACUCAAUAAUGAUACCACUGCUUUCUUUGUUAAAAAUUUCAAGAAGAAAAACUCUAUUACCUGUACUCAUUGUGGCUAUCAUGGCCACUCUUUUGAGAAAUGUUUCCAAUUUAUUGGAUAUCUAAGCAACUCGAAAGGGCCAAAAGGACAGAGAAUUGCUCCUGGUUUUUGUUGGGUGUGUUUCGAAAAACAAAGAAAAUUAAUUAAUAAAGAUUAAUUAAAUAAAAUGACUUAAAGAAAAACAAGAAAUGAGAUGAAGCAGAAUAAGCCAAAGCUCGUGCUACGCACGAUUUCCUUAAAACAUAUUCGUUGCCUCCCGGGGUGCUAGGAGCGUUGCAACGAUCGUUUCCCAGGAUACGAUGACUUCGAACAAUAGUUUAGCACUCAAACUAAAGUUCCAACGAACGUGAACAAAAGCUGAACACCGAAGGAGUUUGUAUGGAGUGCUAGAGGUGCUAUUUUAGGGGUGGAUUUGCAAAGCACCUACUAGCCUUUUAUAGGGGUAGAUUAAAGUGUGUUAAUGGCUGUUUAAGGGUUAUGAUCGUUGGACAUCAAUGUCCUAAACGUUGGGCAUUGAUUCCAGUCCUUAAACAACCCAAACCCAAAACGUUCAUAUGAACGUUGGGACAUCAAUGGUAGCAUAUAGACGUUGGGCAUUUAUGUGCAUGGAGCAAAAAUUAAAGUAGGAACGUACCGGAAGAACAAAAAUUAACGUUAUCUUUAGAAGAUAGAUUUUCGGACGACACACGCAAGUCGUGGUUUUUGUUCUUCGGUUUCGGGAUUUGAUUCGCACCCCCCCUGCGCGCGUGAGAGAGCCUUUCCCUUUAGGAAUCUUAACUCCUUAGGGAGGGUUUCCCUUUAUAAAGGGUUCAAAUUCCCUUGUGAUUUUCGGUGUGGGAAAGAACCCACACUAAAACCCACAUUUUCCUAGUUUUCUCCAUUCAAACGGGUAAACUUCGAAAAACAAUUUCUCAUUCACCCGUUAUCCGUUUUGAGUGUACCAUAUAUCGAAUUGUAGCCCUUAGCAAGGACAAUCUGAAACCACUUUGACCCGACCCAAAUCGGAAGUGGACCCCACUCAAAUAAUUGCCCCAAAAUGACCAUUUAAUACACUUUUAACACACUUUUUCCAACAGUUUUAAGCUAGAAUCCAACUCCACCAGAAAUCAUCAAGCUCAUAUGGUGACAAAUAACACAAAUUUCACUUCUGCUCCUACAAGCUCCACAUUUGCUGCCACUGAUUUGUGUGUUCCAAAUCUCUAUGACAAGUUUUUAAAAUCCAUCCAAAGUCUACAAUCUAAGUCUGCUUCUGCUAAUGUGGUCAUCACUGCUCCUAAUGAUGAUUCCACUACAUCUCACAAUGACACCAACUUCUUAGGUAAAAACUUUGCUCUUUCAGCUUUUAAAUCUUCUCAUUGGAUUCUUGAUACUGGAGGAUAUGACCAUAUGAUCUAUGAUGUUUCCUUAUAUACUACUCCCACUAAAAAUAUUUCAAUAAAUACUCAACUGCCUACUUGAAAUUUCAUUUCUGCUACUAAAAUUGGAGACAUAAAAUUGAAUUCUAAUCUUACUUUACACAAUGUCCUAUAUGUUCCCAAUUUUACUUUUAAUCUUAUCUCUAUUUCUAGUCUAACAUCUCCUGACAAUAUUUCUGUUCAUUUUACUUCUAAUCAUGCUAUAUUGCAGAACCACCUUACCAAAAAAAUGAUUGGCUUUGCUGAUUUAAGAAAUGACUUAUAUCACUAUAAUUCCGAUCUUUCCACUGCUCAUACUUCCACUGUGCAUUCUACCAACAGUCAACAUACUUCAUCUACCGAUCUUUGGCAUUUUAGACUAGGAAAUUUACCUUUCAAAAAACUUACCAUGCUAUCUGAAUGUAAUGUUUCUAAUACUGACAAACACUCUUCUUCUUGUGACAUUUGCCAUUUUGCUAAACAAAAAAGAUUACCUUUUCCUAUCAGCACUUCUCAUGCUUCUAAUGCUUUUGAUUUAGUUCAUAUGGAUGUUUGGGGUCCUUAUAAAGUCACUUCUUAUACUGGUUUUAAGUAUUUUUUAACUGUUGUUGAUGACUAUAACCGAUGCACUUGGGUUUUUCUACUUAAAACCAAAUCUGAAGUUAAAUUUCAUAUGUUAAAUUUUAUAAAUUCAUUGAAACUCAAUUUCAAAAGAAAAUUAAAAUCAUAAGAACUUAUAAUGGUACUGAGUUCUUUUUUCGUGACUUUUUUGCUUCCAAUGAUAUUGUUCAUCAGUUAUCUUGUGUUGAAACACAUCAACAGAAUGGUAGGGUUGAAAGAAAACAUCAACAUGUUAUACAAGUUGCUAGAGCUCUCUUAUUUCAGUCUCGUUUACCUCUUACUUUCUGGUCUGAUUGUAUUCUUACUGCAGUUCACAUUAUUAACAGACUACCUUCUUCUAUUCUUCACAAUAAAUCUCCUUUUGAAAUGCUCCAUGAUCAUCCUCCAGAUUAUACUCAUUUAAAAGUCUUUGGUUGCUUAGCUUUUGCUUCAACUAUUUUCUCUAACAUAACUAAAUUUGAUUCUAAAUCACACAAAUGUAUUUUCAUUGGUUAUCCUUUAGGUUCAAAAGAAUACAAAUUAUAUGAUUUAACAACUCAUAAAACUUUCAUUUCAAGAAAUGUAACGUUCUAUGAAAUGGAUUUUCACUAUAAAAAUCAACUUACUGAAAAGAAAUCUAAUUCUGAUACAAUCUCUACACAAAAUACUAAUCUCUUUAAUGACAACUUAACAACCUCUAAUGAUCCUUUUUCAACUUUAAAUCACAUUGUCCAUAAUAACUUUGAGAAUACAUCUCUUUCAUUUUCCUUUACACAUUAUAUGGAUAAUCAAAUUAAUGAUGAUGGUAAGUCUAUUUCAGUCAAAUAAUCAUGGUUCUGCAGCUAAUGGUAGUCUUUUGCAGACAGAAAAUGUUCAAACUGAUCCCAUUGUUACUAAAAAUAAAUCUCACAGAAAGUCUACAAGAGUACGAUCUAUUCCUAUUCAUUUAAGAUAUUUUGAAUACAAAUUACCCCAGUCUAUUAUCCCAGGUAAUUCUGAAGCCUCUUGUAACUUUGUUAGAUAUCCUAUUCAAAAUUAUAUUUCUUGUAACAGAUUGAGUGCUUCACAUCACUGUUUCACUGCAUCUCUUUCGAAACUUACUGAACCUAAAACAUAUAAACAAGCUAUCAAAUUUUUAGAAUGGCAACAUAUUAUGAAUGCUGAAAUUAAAGAACUUUAACAAAAUAACACUUGGAUUCUUGUUGAUCUUCCUGCUAAUCAACACACUAUUGGCUCUAAAUAGGUUUUCAAAACAAAAUUGAAAUCUGAUGGAUCUCUUGUUAGAUAUAAAGCUAGAUUAGUAGCUAAACGCUACACUCAAAAAGGUCUUGACUAUUUUGAUACUUUUUCUCAUGUUGUCAAAUUA